GUAGAGACAAGCAAGCAAAGGAAAGCAAAGCAUGUCUGGAUGCCCAUCCCUUAACCUCUCCUGCGACAACACUUCCUGCAACCUCUUCUGCUGCCACCCCAAACAACACGAACCACCACCGGCACCCCACGCCGCCGCCACCAAACCGCCGCCGCCGCCGCCACACGAUGACCCACCCCUCAAGCCGCCGCCGCAGCAGCAGUUCAUAACCGCACAGCCACCGCCGCCAGAUGAACCACCGCUCAAGCCGCCGCCCUCGUUCUACCCAGCCGUGCUGCCGCCUGAGCCGCCGCCGCCACGUCGUCCUGCAGCGACGCCGUACAGCAACAGAGAAGGCGUCGACGACGACGACAGCCAUCACGUGGCGCCGCCGCCACGCCGGUCGCCCGCAGCUCGUCCUCCUUCUGCGCCGGAGACGCCGCUGCCGUUGCCUUGCUGUGAGAAGCCCCCGCCGCCGCCGCGGCAGCCACCAGCUCAUGAUCAGUUCGCGGCGGGCGUCCCGAACGGCGGCGGCUACGGGGAGAAGCAUCCCGUGGCGGUGGCGGCAAGAGCGGUGCCUGCUCGUCACUACGUGCCACACAAGAACCACGAGGUGGCUGCCCCGCCGUCGCCGUCGCCGCCGCCGCCGGCGGCUCGGUACGACGACAAUUGGCAAAUCAUCGAGAGCAGCCGUUACUGUUAAUUACAAUUAGUAGGUGGUUUCAGCUGGAAAUUAAUUAAUUAUAUUUAUGCAUUUGCUAGUAUAUGUACUACGCGCAUGCAGGUUGUUAAGUUCAUCGAUCGAGUAUGUGUGUGUGUGUUUUUUUUUCUUUAAUAAGAUUGCGAUGUUCGGUGUUAUAGUGUUGAUUGCCUAGCAAAUUAUUCGGCAUACCAUGCAUGCUAGUUACUUUUUUUUUAC